AUGUCGAACAUGUUACAUCACAGGGAAUUUCCAGUAAGGAAGUCAAGCAGUCUAUUCAAACGCUCGCGUAGAUCUCGACAUGAUUUACUGUGACCACUUGCGACAGGCGAUUAAAAUCGAUUGAUCGAUCUGCCGUUUAACCUUGGUGGAUAUUCUGCAUUAUCCAUGUCAGCAGACGCAACAAUCAUCCUGAAUAAGGAACCUGCCUUGAACUGACUUUCUAUCAGCUUACAUUAGUUGACUUCCGCGCAACAUGGAGAAAUAAGUUGUAACGAAUAAGAAAACUUGACUCUGAAUCCCAAAUCCCAGCUGUUUAAUGUUGAUUCUCAAUCUCGGAUAUCUAUCAGGAAAGGAAUCAUGGCUGGAGAGGAUUCAUACCAUCCAGAGUACAUGGGCCAAAUCGACCAUUUUAGAGACGACUCAAUAUGGAUGACUAUGGACCCGACACCAUUUCCGGGCAUCCACAACAAUAAUGUUAUGAGGACAGCAGUCGAUGGUCCUUAUCUACGAAUCGUCGAACAACCAAAGCAGAGGGGCUUCAGGUUCCGCUAUGGAUGUGAAGGCCCCUCCCAUGGAGGACUCCCAGGGGCCUCCAGUGAGAAGAACAGGAAGUCUUACCCACAAGUGAAGAUCUGUAACUACCAGGGUGCAGCGCGAGUGGUAGUUCAGCUGGUGACCAACACUGUAAAGCCCCAUCUUCAUGCUCACAGCCUGGUGGGCAAACAGUGCGAUAAAGGAAUCUGCAUCGCCGACUUGCAGCCCAAAGAUUCAAGCAUCAGUUUUCCUAACUUAGGCAUUUUGCAUGUGACAAAGAAGAACGUAAGCAAAGUUUUGGAAGAGAGGAUGAUCGAGGCCUACAGGAUGGGGUAUAACUACGGUAUAUCGAUCCAUUCUGAAAUAGAUGUCCUACAAGGAGAGGUUCGCGUGCCCAGAGAACUCACAGAUACUGAAAGGAACCUGAUUAGCAGUACAUCUAUUCAUCAGUCGAAGGAGAUGGAUUUGAGUGUGGUACGGCUCAUGUUCACUGCCUUCCUGCCUGACAGUGAUGGAGGGUUCUCCCGCCGACUGGAACCGGUCAUUUCAGACCCCAUCUUUGACAGCAAGGCCCCAAAUGCCUCCAAUCUGAAGAUAGUGCGGAUGGAUCGGACUGCUGGCUGUGUGACGGGAGGAGAGGAGGUCUAUCUGCUGUGUGACAAAGUCCAGAAAGAUGAUAUCCAGGUGCGGUUUUAUGAAGAUGAUGAGUCAGGUCUAACCUGGGAGGCCUAUGGAGAUUUCUCCCCCACUGACGUCCACAGACAGUUCGCCAUUGUCUUCAAGACUCCUAAAUAUCGGGACCAGAACCUCCAGAAGCCCAUCUCUGUGUUUGUGCAGCUAAAAAGAAAGUCCGACAAUGAAACGAGUGAACCCAAGCCAUUCACCUACCAUCCACAGAUCAUAGACAAAGAAGAAGUCCAGAGGAAGAGACAGAAGACUCUGCCAAACUUCCAGGACUACAGUGGAGCCGGAGGCGGAGCUGGGGGCAUGUUUAGAGGAGGAGGGGGUGGGUCAACAGCAGGGGGAGGUCCCAGCGGAGGAGGAGGAGGAGGACAUUUCUUCCAGGGAUAUCAAACCUAUAACAAUUUCGGGUCUGGAUACAACUUCUCCUCAGGCAUGGGAGGAGGCGGGACCAGCAUCAAGCAUGCGUAUCAAGAACCAGUGGAAGACAGUGAUGAGGACAGUAACAGUGAUAACGAUGACGAUCCGACAGCAGGCGGGGCGGUGCGAAUCUGUGCCCAGCCUGAACCUGUCGCUUUGGGAGUGGCAAGUGAGGACACCGAUCCUACAGAAGAUCUGGAGUUAGACACCACAGGCUGUGUGAUAGAGCCUUAUUUGGCUGCGCUUGCUGGAAGACAGGCUCAAUCACUGUUUCAUUUCGCAUUAAGCGGCGAUGCCAGAAUGCUUCUGGCUCCACAGCGCCCCCUCAUGACCACCCAAGAUGAGAAUGGAGACACGGGUUUACAUCUGGGAGUGAUCCAUAGUCAGACAGAUGCCGUGCGAAAUCUAGCACAAGUCAUCUCGGCUCUCCCCGGAGAGGAUGUACUUAACAUGAGGAAUGAUCUUUACCAGACUCCUUUGCACCUAGCAGUGUUGACACAGCAAAAAGAGGCAGUCGAGGCCUUGUUGGAGGCCGAGGUGGAUGUCAUGCUCACAGAUCGCCAUGGAAACACGGCACUUCACCUGGCGGCUCAGCAGAAAGAGGAUAGCGUGCUGCGAUUGCUGCUGAAGCACAAAUCAGUGGCGCAAUUAACCAGCAUGCCCAACACAGCAGGUCUCUGUCCGCUUCACCUGGCUGUACAGGCAAACAGUUUGAGCUGUGUGCGGGCCCUGCUGGAUGCCGGGGCAGAUGUGGAGGUCCAGGAGCUCACAUGUGGCCGCACAGCACUUCACCUGGCUACAGAACUGGGGAACCUUUCCCUCGCCGGGUGCCUGUUGCUGGAGGGUAAUGCAUUUGUAGAUAGUGUCACCUAUAACGGUUCAACUCCUCUGCACACUGCUGCAGGACGGGACUCAACCAAACUGUGCGCGAUCCUGAUGGCUGCAGGAGCAGAUCCUCAUAAAGAAAACUUUGAACCACUGUUCUUCAAAGAUGAUGAGUUGUGUGGUACAUGUGAAGAGGAAGAGGAGGAAGAUGAAGGCUAUAUCCCUGGGACAACCCCUCUGAACAUGGCAACCUCCUCAGAGGUUUAUGAUAUUCUUAAUGGAGAAGAGUAUCAACCCACCACCAUUUUCGUUCCACCACAAGGUGACAUGAAGAGCUUGAGCUCUGACACAAAGCAGGAGUUGUGCCAGGCACUGGAAGAACAGACGGGAGGCUGGGAGAGUCUGGCUCAUGCUCUGGGGCUUGGCAUCCUGACCAGUGCCUUCAGACUCAGCUCCUGUCCUGCUGGAAAACUGCUGGACAGCUAUGAGGUGUCUGGAGGAACGGUGCGUGAGCUGGUGGAGGGACUGAAGCAUGUUGGGAACUGCAAUGCUGUCAGUUUACUCCAGGCCGUGUGUAAGGAGCCUGAAGCUGUCCACACUACGCCUCAGCUCACAGGUCCAGUGCUCUGUAAGUCCAUUCAGGGUUUGACACUGGGCUCCCAUCAGGAGGAGAGUGGGAUAUGUGACAGCGGGGUGGAGACGUCUUUCUAGAGCCCCAGCCUCAGUCUCGCCGACUCCAAACACAAUCUCACAAACUGAGGCCUGACCCUGAAAACCAGCUUCUCCCUCCUCCUCACUACAGCAGCAGCUCCACUCA